UCGCGAUAAACUCAUUCCGUCAAGUUUGUCGCUACAGCUUAGUCGACUUUUCGAUCGCGUUCUGCUGAUACCAUCAGAAAAUAUUCUUGCCUCUUUUCAACGCCUUUUCACGCGGAGGCAAUUUUUAUUUGUCGCCAAAAAAAAGUAGAAAAAAAAGAAGAGGAAUUGACUUUCCUUUGUGAUUUACGCACAACUAGACAAUUCGGUGAGAAAAUAGGUGUUUUGUGUGAAUCUUAUUUUAUAAAAUACAUACACUAGUUGUGCGACACCAGCAUGAGAGAUCAGUGGUGGAGGCAGUGUGUGCGCGAAUCUCUGUACCGUGCGUGGUGACUUGCUGUAUCAGCUCUUUUAACGAGGGGACCUUUUUGUUGGGUGAACGCGGUAGUGGCGAUCGUGUGCACACGAGGGCCACCGCAGGCGGUGCGUGAUCAUGGCUGUGCUACUGCGAAAUGUUACCAAUAGCAUCUGGCAUGCAUUUAGUGCCCUGCACCAGGAGCAGGAUGGCAUGGUGAAUAAGACAAAGCUAAAGGUGCUGACGGCAAAUCUCGCAACUCUACUCGACUUAUAUGGGGUGGAAAGGGGCCUGGAUCACUUUCGGUCGACGGCCACACUCAAUUUUGAGCAUUUCAAGUUCUACCUGGCCCAGGAGGUGUUCUCGUGCCUUCCCAACACACUCACUCUCUCCCAAUUGAGAAAUCACGAGGCCAAAAUUGAUGAGAUUUGCUGGCUGGUGUGUCGACAGAAGUACACAAGUCAGCGCGAGAGUAGCAUUUAUCCCGAAGAGGCAAUCUACAAACUCUUCCGAAUCUUUUGUAUGUUUAGCGAUCUUGUCGUUCGGAGUGAUGGAAACUGCCAGGUUCUCAUGCACUCCUCAGAAGCCAUCCAGAUUGUACAUCAACUACUCAAUUUACUGGGUUUAGACUACGAAGCGGAGAAGAAGUAUGAAUAUCUCGUGAAUUCCGAUCUUACGUAUCGCUUUGAGCAAUUCCUAUCACUUGUGGAGUUCAGGGAGGUUCGUGAGGGAACUUUUGAGUGCAUUGAAUCCCUUUACGAGGCCGUUGAUGAAAUCUACCAAAUCUACAUCAAAGACAUCAUCAAGAAAGGCUAUCUCCUACGACGAGGAUACCUCCUGCCAACCCUAAGAGAAUAUUGGUUUGUUCUACAACCAUGUGAGCUGUCCUACUACAAGACACCACAUCUCAAGGAACUUUGUGGGAGCAUCUGUUUGGAUUCCAAUUGCAUGGUAAAGCCCUUCAUGUCUCCAUCUGGAAAGCACGACAAAGUCCAGCGAUUUAUCAUAACGUCUGGAGAGCGAAACUUCGAAUUAGCCGCUCAUGAUCAUCGAUCCCGUAUGCAGUGGAUUGCAGCACUGCAGUUAGCCAUUACCUACUCGGCAGGCAAAGAGGGCUUCCAGAGAGAUCUCACAACAAGACGACGACAGCAGCGUGAAGCCACCAAGCAAAAACGACGCGAGGAGGAAUUGGAACGUAGUACGCACAUUCAGGAAGUUGAGGAGGCAAAGGUGCAAUUGGCACGUGAAAAAAUGGCACGUGUGGCAGCGGAAACCCAAGCCAAAGAGUUGGAAGCAAUCGCAAGGGAGGACUCUCGACGUGUAGCCGAACUAGAAGACAUGAAGCUCACACUCGAGAAGCUCCUCAUGGAGGAGACUCAAGCAAAGCGAGAUGAAGAAAUCGUCCGUGCCCUCCAGGCUCGUGUCCUCUCCGACGAAUGGGAGAAACGUUCUGAGCUGGAGCAACUGCAGGAAGAGCAGCAACUCCUCUUGGAGCAGGAACGACAGAAGAGGAUGGAAUUUGAGAUAAAGCAAAAAGAGAAAGAACAGCAACUCAAGGAAGCUGAAAAGCGUCUCAAGGAACUCGAGGAGGAACGCCAGAGAUUAGAUAUUGAGCUGAAUCUCUCGCGUUGCAAAAUAAAGCAAUCAGAGGAGACAAAGGAGAUGCUCGAGGCGAGACUCCAGAACAUGCAGCCACCUACAACGAGGGAGGGCAGUCGCGUACGACGAGCUCUCUCCUUUAUGCCAUCCACGAGAGAGAGACCAACAACAGGAGCUGAUAUGGCGGAGAAGAAAGCAUCAGCAAUGAGGAGAUCGGAUAAAAUAAUUUCAACCAAAUUAAAUCGCUAGACUCUUUUGUAAUAUAAAAGUUAACAAAAUAAAACUAACUCGAUACUGCCAA